ACAAUAGUUCAUAGGCAAUUGACCAGUUCAUACCACAAAAUAAAACAUGGAAAAGGGGGUAUAUUGCGAGGAAGCUCUAAUCAAUGGCUAUAUUGUAAAAUUGGGUAUUUAAAGUGGGAAAAACAUGUAGAUAAAGGGACGUAUAGUGAGGGGAUCAGGAGGAGUUAAAGGGGAUCAGGAGAGACUUAAAUCUGAAGAGAUGAUAUUUCGUGGAUUCAAGGAGUUUAAAGGUGUCUUUACAGGUUAGGAGUCAAUAGAUAGCGAAAUAUCCGCUUCUAAGUCUUCUAUUGUAAACUUGUUAUCAGGGUUAAUAAAAACAAAGGACUACUGGAAUAUAUAUUUAAAUAUAAAUAUAUAUCUAAUAAAAUAUCUAGUUCUAUUGAUUUGCGGGCUGAAACAGAUGUAUUAGUAGAGCUUUUUGUAAAACGAAAGAAAUCUUAAAUAUUAGGGAUAAAGUAUAGGUAAAAUAGACAGCAAAUGAAGAAAUGUAUGAUUUAGAUACUUUGAAUAAUUAUUUUCCAUUGAGUAGUUGCUCAGGUGAAAGAUCUGAAAUUCUUUCAUAUCAAGGUCAAUUAAGAACUGCACCUAAAAAUAUGGUGAUAAAAAAAUCAUUAGAAGAUGGAAAUGGGGGAAAAGCUGUAUUACCGUCAGUAGAUACGUUAAAUUCAUUGCAAAUUACUACAGGGAUACAAGGAAAGCCAUAUUCAUAUGCACAAUUAAUUACUUAUGCAAUUGCAACCUCAUCAUCCCAGAAAAUGACAUUAUCAGAAUUGUAUAAAUGGUGUAUAGAUAAUUUUCCAUAUUUUAAAGAAACACCCAAUCAAGGGUGGAAGAACAGUAUUCGGCAUAAUCUUAGUUUAAAUAGAAAUUUUAUACGAAUACCAAGACCUAUUAAUGAGCCGGGAAAGGGAAGUUAUUGGACAUUGAAUAGAGCUGUAUUGAAAAAUGGGGCCGAUGCAUCUAAUAGACUAAAAAACUAUAGACAUUAUAAUGCUUUCUCGAAAAAAAAUGGUUUUAAUCAAUUUAUUAAAUUAAGCACAGACAAUAAUUUAUUAUAUCAACAUCCUACACAAUUAUCCUAUCACCCACAAGAAAAUAUUAAUAUGUCUCAAUCGUCUAUUAAUAAUUUUAAUUUACAAAUGGCAUCUUCACCAGACAUGCAAAAAGUACUUCAUUCUCAUCUCUUCGAGUAUUAUCCAACCUUUUAUAAUCAUCCAGUUUCUGCGUCUUCAUCUAUGCGGCCUUAUAAUAUGCCCUUAUAUAAUAGUGUUUUGCAAGAAAAUACUCAAUAUUCUCUAGAUUCUUCCUACUAUCAUCAGAGUAACAAAGCUCAAGAGGGACUUUUAUUUGACAUUUUGCAAUAUCAACAAUUUGAACUUCAUCACGCAAAUAAAACUAAAUUAAGCCCUAACAAAGACUCCCUUGUAACUCAAUCCAUAUUUUUGCAUCAAUCAAGUUUUUAAUCAUGAAAAUAACUAUAGGGUGUUGUAAUAAUAUAUCUUUGUAUA